CGGGCACUGUCCAGCAUGAGCCGCACAGUCACCUACAGGCAAAACACCCCUUCGCCGCAAACCUGGACAGCAGCCGCAGUGCGAGGCCACCUAGCCCGGCCUGCGGGUGGGGUCGGGGACCCGCGGAUGGGGCCGCGAACCGCCUGGGGAGACAAUCCACGCCCGCAGGGAAAGCUGCGGCGGGCCGAGCCAGGCCGGCACGGUACGGCGCGGCGCGGCGCGGCGCGGCGCGGCGCGGCGCGGCGCGGCGCGGCACGGCACGGCACGGCACGGCACGGCACGGCACGGCACGGCACGGCACGGCACGGCACGGCACGGCGCGUCGCCACCCGCUCCCGCCGCACCUCCAGCCGCCGCCGCUCCCGGCCGGGUCCCGGGACCUGGGGCACUGCAGGAGAUGCACUUCCUGCUCCCGGGGCAUGCUGGGAGUUACAGGCCGCCGCCCUGGGCACUGUGGGAGUUGUAGGCCGCAGUCAGCGGCUAGCCUCAAUUCUUACGCUGUGGCCAGAGACACGGAAUCUGCUUUCGGAGCUGCCACUGCUCUCGGUUAGAGAGCUGGAGGCCAGGGCGAUGCACGACGGCGGGCCGCUGGGGCUAGCCGGUCUGGCGCUACUCCUCACGGCCUCCGGGGCGGGAGCAAGGCCGCGGCCCGCUGCCCCCGGGCACCAGCCCCGAUCUAACGUGGUGUUGGUGGCCUGCGACUCUUUGUUUUCUCACUGUGCCCACCAGCACACUGGACAUGCUUUGAUGUGUUUUACUCUGAGGAGCCUUGGUUUCUCUAACUCGUCUAACACUCCUUGUGGAAUCAAACAUAAGCUCCGUGGUGUUAAGCUCCAGGAUGGACGCUUGACGUUUUUGCCAGGGAAUCAGACUGUGGAUUUACCUUCCAUAAAUUUUAUGAAAAGACAUGGCACUGUCUUUCUCAAUGCCUACACCAACUCUCCAAUUUGUUGUCCUUCCCGCGCAGCUAUGUGGAGUGGUCUUUUCACUCAUAUAACAGAAUCUUGGAAUAACUUCAAAGGUCUAGAUCCAGGUUAUGUAACAUGGAUGGAUCUCAUGGAGAAGCAUGGCUACCAUACACAGAAGUUUGGGAAAUUGGACUUUACUUCUGGACAUCAUUCAGUAAGUAACCGUGUGGAAGCUUGGACUAGGGAUGUUAACUUCCUGCUCCGACAAGAAGGAAGACCCAUGGUGAAGGUUACAGGCCAUAGGAAGCAGAUUAGAGUAAUGGAAACAGAUUGGCAGAAUACUGAUAAAGCUGUAAACUGGAUAAAGGAAGAAGCUGUUAACUUUACUCAACCAUUUAUUCUUUACUUGGGACUAAAUUUACCACACCCAUAUCCAUCACCCUAUGCAGGAGAAAAUUUUGGAUCCUCUACAUUUUUAACAACUCCCUAUUGGCUUGAAAAGGUAAAUUAUGAAGCUAUUAAAAUACCCAAGUGGUCUUCUCUUUCAGAGAUGCAUCCAGUAGAUUAUUACUCAUCGUACACGAAGAAUUGCACUGGAGAGUUUACAAUGGAAGAAGUGAGAAAUAUUAGAGCAUUUUAUUAUGCUAUGUGUGCAGAGACAGAUGCCAUGCUGGGUGAGAUUAUUUCAGCUCUGCAAAAUACUGGGCUUCUUGGAAAAACAAUCGUUAUAUUCACUGCAGAUCAUGGAGAACUUGCUAUGGAACACCGUCAGUUCUAUAAAAUGAGCAUGUAUGAGGGAAGUUCCCAUGUUCCUCUUUUAGUUAUGGGGCCAGGUUUAAGAGAACAGCACCAAAUACCAAAUGUAGUAUCGCUUGUGGAUAUCUACCCUACUAUGCUUGAUAUAGCAAGAAUUCCUGUCCCUCAGAACCUCAGUGGAUAUUCUCUUAUACCGCUGCUACGUGAAAAGGCUGAGAACAAAGUGUCACCCACAGGACCUCGGCCCUCAUGGGUGCUGAGUGAGUUCCAUGGAUGCAAUGUGAAUUCCUCUGUGUAUAUGCUGAGAAUUGGCAAGUGGAAAUACAUCACAUACUCAGAUGGCUCUUCAGUACUGCCCCAACUCUUUGACCUUACUGCUGAUCCAGAUGAGCUUACAAAUCUUGCCAUAAAAUUCCCAGUAACUGUACAUUCUUUGGACAAAAUACUUCGCUCUAUAGUAAACUAUCCAAAGGUUUCUUCUUCUGUUCAGGAGUAUAACAAACAACAGUUUAUCAGUUGGAAACAAAGUUUGGGUCACAAUUACUCAAGUGUUAUUGCAAACCUUAGAUGGCAUCAAGACUGGUUAAAGGACCAAAAAAAGUAUGAGAAUGCAAUUGAAAAGUGGCUUGGGAUUUCUUUCUCUAACAGGAGUGGUCAUUUGCAAAAAUGUUGGCUUUAUUGCAAUUACCUUGCAAUCACUGGGAUAUUUCCUGAAGAAGACCUGUUCCAUUGGCCCUCAUUGACUUAUUCAACAAGAUUACCAGGAAGGCAGUGGCAGAGAGAUUGCAAGAAAAGCAGGAGCAUCACAAUUUUCUGAAGGAAAAAGGUUAACCAAGCAAGGCUUUUUUUCUGCAUAGCACUUGUUUUAUGUAUAUAUACAUAAGAUGAAUGCUGAUUAAAAAAACAUGGAAAAAAGAGAA